CCCUAAUCUUCGCCACCACUUUCCUUUUUGCAACCUCCCUGAAUCCCCCCCAAAACCAAUGGAUAAAACGGGUUUGCGUAGCGAGUUGGAUCAAAUUAGAGAACUGGGUGUUGAAUUAGAGAGGUUGACGAGGGAGAAGAGUAAUGGGGAGGUCAAGAUUAGGGGUUUUAAAGGGGAAAUAAAUGAGCUUACGGGUAAGGUUGAGAUGGACAAGGAACAGUUGAGGAAGGUAUGUGAUGAGAGGGUAGUUGCCAAGUUGAAAUCUGAAAACGAUAAAUUGGUGAAGGAAAGGGAGGUGAGAGAAGAGUUUAUCCAAGUGGUGAACAAGGAGAAGAUUAGUCUGGAGAAGACAAUUGAUGAGGGGAAGAAGGAGGUUGAUGGGUUGAAGAGUGAGAUCCAAGUGCUUUUGAGUGAAAACAUUGAGCUUAAGGACCGUGCUUUAAGUCGGGAGGUAAAGCUUGCUGAGCUGAAUCAAAAAGUUGCUGUGCUGCGAAAGGAUUGUGAUGAUCAAAGCAAAAUUAAUGAAAAGCUAAGCUGCAAAGUUGGUCAGCUAAGCAACUCCCUUGCGCAAGUUGAGCUCAAGAGAGAAGAAGCUGAUAAAGCACUUGUUGAGGAGAAGAGACAUGUAGAAGAUCUUAAGGCUCUGAUUUUAAAAUCAGAGAAGACGACUGAAACAAGAACUACAGAGGGUCUUGAGAUUGAGGGCGAGAGUUUGCUCACAGCAAUGAAUGAUUUCGAGAGUCAGUGUGAAUCAUUGAAAAGUGAAAAGGCUAUACUCCAAGAGAAGCGUGUACAGCUCAAAGAAGCUAUGGGUGCUCUGAAAACAGAAGUAGAAGUCGCUGGAAUGGAUGCAGAGCGCAACUUAGCAAUGCUAAAGAGAACUGCAUCUGUGUUGUAUGAAUUGGAGAGCCGAGCAGAUAGAUUGACUUUCCAGAACCAGAAGCGAGAAAAUGGAACAGAAUCGUAUGCCGUUGAGCUAGAGUCGAUGGAGAAAGCGUUCAGAAACAAAGUUUACAUAAUUGAGGAAAUGAAGAAAGAAGCUGUGGUAAUGAAGCAAGCAACCGAAGCGGCACGCAAGAUGCGGAACUUCUGGAUUCUCCUUUCAGUUGUACUUGCGAUUUUUGGUGCUACAUCUUUCUUCCAUGCCACACGCACACUAAGACAAAAGUAA